GGGCGUGGUCAAAAUGUCUGGACUAGUACAUCAACUUGUACACCAGGCAAGGAGGACAUUCUCAAGAGAGAAGACGCUCCCAGAAGAAAUGGAGAAGUUAAAAAAGAUAAUGUCACAGAUAACUCCUAAAGAUUUCAAUCUUGAUUCCACUGCCAUUGACAAGCCCUGGGAUUACCCUCCAUUCGUAACUGAUGCACCUGCAGCUUUCAUGAACGUUUAUGAAUGCUCAGAGUUUAACGUAGCCAUAUUCAUGCUCAAAGCAAACAAGGAGAUGCCACUCCAUGAUCACCCAGAAAUGCACGGAUUAAUGAAGAUACUAUCUGGUUCUAUGUGUGUGACAUCGUAUAACAGACCAGAAAAGAGAGGCAGCAACAGUUACAUUGCAAGAUUCUUUCGCAGCAUCCUUGCAACACCAGCCACAGAGCCGUGUCACUUUACCCCAGAGGAGGGGAACAUUCAUCAAAUCAAAGCUCAAGACUCUCAUGUUGCUUUUCUAGACAUUCUUGCUCCUCCUUAUGCACCUGAAGAAGGAAGGGACUGUACUUAUUAUUUCAAAGAUACCAAACAAAGUAAUCAAGAUGAAAAUUUAAUAUGGCUGAUAUCAGGGCAAAAUCCAUCAUGGUUCUCUUGCAUACCUCAGCCAUACAACGGGCCCAAAGUUGAUUAACAAAAUUUACAGAGCAUCAUGAUCAUUAAACAAUACCGUAUUAUAUUCUAAUUGUUGGUUUUGUAUUAAAUAUUUCGUUGUUAUGGUAACUGAAUAAUAUCACUUGUGGGGCAGCAGGAGAUACACGAUGAGUGUCACUACUAGCAAUACACUACUGGCAGAAAGUUUAGAGAAGCCAGUACUAAUAGCUGACCCUGAUCAAGACAAGAAGGACUUGCUGCUAGAAGAGCUGGUGGAGCAGGGAGAGAGAGGGAAUGCAAUGGCUCAGUUCUCACUUGCAAAAAUAUUUCUAUCUCAAGGACAGACAGGGAAAGCAAUGUCAUACUUGACAUCAGCAGCAAGACAAGAAGAUGCACAAGCACUGUAUGAGCUGGCUGUGAUUAGGUAUCAGGGUCUUCAAGGGACUGAAGCAUCAUCAGAAGAAGGUUUUAAGUUAAUGCUUAAAGUUGCUCAAUGCAAGGGAGCUAAAAACACAGACCUGGUAUCAGCAGCACAAUUUAACAUUGGUAGAGCAUACUUUCAAGGAUUUGGUGUUAAGCAAGAUCCAGAGGAAGCACUAAAAUGGUGGAAGAUAUGCUCAAACUCUGACACAGAGUCUGGAGUACGAGCAAUGAACACUCUAGCAUUAUUCUACUCAACACCAGACUAUGCUGAUAAAGAAAAGGCUUUCUCGUGGCAUGUUAAAGCAGCAGAGAAUGGCCACAAGGACUCCAUGGGGACACUCGGGCUAUUGUACAUGAGAGGAGAAGGAUGUCUAGAAGAUAGAGAACUAUCGUUGAAAUGGUUAAAGAAAUCCUCAGACAAUGGAUCUAUAUAUGGGUCCGGCUUACUUGCAAAUUAUUAUUACUCGACUAAAAUGUACAGCAAAGCCGUGGAAGUUGCACAAAGUGUUUGCGAUGAUGUAGCAGCAAGCAGAGCAACUAAGAGUCAAAGUGUUACCAGUUUAAUAUCAGAAGGACUAGCUACUGCUCAUUUUAUAUAUGCACAAUGUCUAUUUCUGGGCCAAGGAGUCACAAAAGAUGUUGAUAAAGCAGCCAUUGAAUACACUAAGGCCACUCAAACUAACAAGGUAGUAACUGCUCAGCUCCAUUCUAAAAUGAUGUAUGGAAGACUUUAAUCAUUAUUAUUAUUAUUAUUAUAUCUAAUGAAUUAAUAUUGAAAAAUCAUAAUAAUUAUCCUUGGCCAUUGAUACACACUAUGCAUGUA